AUGGCAACAGUGGGGUAUUUUGAGGUUUGCUUAGCAAUCCUAUGGUUCCUUUGUCUUUGGGGGUUUCGGAAGUAUGAGGUGCUUGUCGGGAACUGGCCAGCGUUCGGGAUGCUGCCAGUGCUUUUGUAUAAAGUUGGAAGGAUUCACGAUUUUUGCACUGAGGUUUUGAGGGCAACUAAGAGAGGUACUUUUAGGUUCAAUCCCUGGUUUGUUAACAUGGAAAUGCUGGCAACUGUUAAUCCUGCCAAUGUGCACUAUAUCAUGAGUGCCAAUUUUCAGAACUUUCCAAAAGGGCCUAAAUUCAAAGAAAUUUUUGAUAUUUUGGGAGAUGGAAUUUUUAAUUCCGACUCGGAUUCAUGGAAGAAUCAGAGAAAAAUCACGCACACGUUGAUUAAUCAUCAACGUUUUAAUCAGUUCUUGGUGAAAACGCUACACGAAGAGGUGGAAAAAUGCCUAAUCCCAGUUUUUGAAAGUGUGUGCGAGAAUAGCCGAGUGACUGAUUUGCAGGAUUUGUUUCAAAGAUUGACCUUUGAUACAACGUGUAUUUUGGUCACAGGUUAUGAUCCUGGAUGUUUAUCUACUGAAUUCCCAGAAGUUCGAUUUUCAAAAGCCAUGGAUGAUGCUGAAGAAGCAAUUUUCGUGAGACACGUUUUGCCUGAAAGCCUAUGGAAAUUUCAAAGGAUAUUCGGGUUCGGCGCAGAAAGGAAAUUAAGGAAAGCUAGGGAAGUCUUGGACAAAAUCAUAGGAAAAUACAUAUCAAUGAAGAGGGAUGAAUUGAAAUCAAGAAAUGAUGAAAAUUGUGCUGCUGAUUUGCUAACAUCUUACAUCAGUACUGAAGAGCAUGACAACCAAGAUGUGAAACGAAACGACAAGUUCUUAAGGGACACCAUACUAAAUUUAAUGAUUGCGGGCCGAGACACGACUAGCUCUGCCCUCACGUGGUUUCUGUGGCUCGUCUCUACCCAUCCAGAAGUGGAAAGAAAGAUCAGAGAUGAACUCAUAUCAGCUAUACCAGCAGAAGAAGCCGGAAAAAAGAGAAUUUUUCAAGUUCAAGAACUUGGCAAGCUGGUUUACAUGCAUGCAGCAAUCUGUGAAUCCUUAAGGCUGUAUCCACCAGUUCCAUUUCAGCACAAGGAGCCUCUGCAGGCAGAUAUCCUUCCAAGUGGCCAUUAUGUUCAUCCAAAAAUGAAGGUGAUGUUCUCUUUGUAUGCAAUGGGGAGAAUGGAGACAAUUUGGGGAAAGGAUUGCCUCGAAUUCAAGCCCGAGAGGUGGAUUUCUGAACGCGGGACGAUCAAGCAUGAGCCCUCCUACAAGUUCUUGGCAUUCAAUGCUGGUCCAAGGACUUGCCUCGGGAAAGAAGUGGCUUUCACAGAGAUAAAGGCUGUUGCCGCUACAAUAAUCCAUAAUUACAAUGUCGAGGUGAUCGAAGGGCAUAAAAUAUCCCCCAAUUGUUCUGUCAUCCUCUACAUGAAGCAUGGAUUAAAGGUUAAGAUUAGCAAGAGAUUGUCCUAA